GCAUGACUCCCCGUCUUGUGCACGUUUACACUCAACAACUUCCUCAGUUUUAAUCUGCUGUCGAAUUAAACUUAAAGAAGAUUUUUGCAAAACUUCUACCUUCAGUAUUCACAACAACGUCCACUCAACAAAGCAGAAGAAGUCUGACUGAUUCGUCUUGUUGAACAAAUCAAGACUCGUAAGGUUUACUACAUCUGAAGAGAAGCGCUCGUAGUACACCUCUUCUACUAUUCUUGGAUCUCGUCUUGUGAAGGAGACACUUACGACGACUAAAGCAACUUGUUGGCAACGCUAAUAUUGCCAACAAGACACAACAAAGGAACUCAGUGCAGACGUUCAUCUAAACUACAACAAGAAGCCAACGUUCACAAAUAACUUUCAGCAUCAUCUUGAAAAUGCUUUUCUCACUGUUGUAUUUCUUGGAGCAGGCUCGCAACGAGGAGGCGAAGAAAAAGAAGGACUGAAGACAUCUCGGUGCUUAAGUAACUUCUUGUGAGGACGAGCAGUACAACCAGUGCCUGUGUGGAGGUCUUUUAGAAGCACUUCUACGCUACAACUACACUUACGUCGAACAGCAACAAGCAUCUGCAACUGCAACUGCACAGCACACCGCGUAAUUCGCUUUCCGACAAGAAAGGCUGCAACAAAAGGACCACGAGAAGCAUCGACGCGAAAUAAGGCGUUGCGAAAACAAAUCGGAAACAAGAACGUGAACGAGAGCAACUUCAAUCCGACGAGAAGCUCUUUCAACAAGCGAAAAACAUCUCGAAAAACUUGUGUUUUGGAAACAAAACGUCCUCUACUUUAUUCCGUGGACGAGCAGCAGCAGAACGAAGUAGAACAACUCGCACGAGGAACAACACAACUACAUCCUGCAUCAUGGUGGGCUGUAAAAAGUUCAUCGCGGGGUCGCUCUACUGGGCGACGACGGCCGCGGCCGAGCUCGUGGACCACCAGCAGGCCGCGCCCGGGGCCGUGGUCGCGGUAUCAGCGGAGGGCGAGACCGAAACCACUCCGGGAGCUGCCCUCCCCCCGGCGGAGGGGACGACGACGGAGAAGGUCGUGGACGAAGUGGGCGGCCAGGAUGUGUUAAACAAGAACGACGCCGAGACGAUCGCUGCCGCUGCGCCCACCACCUCCGCUACUGCGGGCUUCAUGGCGCCUCGUGGGGCCGCGAACAAGAACGUCGCUGGAGGCUUGCUGGACAACUUGUUCGAGGGACUCAAGGACCACAUGGCCCCCUCCUCGUCCUCUCCCGGCGGGGGCUUCCUGCAGCGCAAGCAAGUCGUCGACGAAGUCGAUCGUGUUCAACAUGAUGUGGUCGAAGAUGCGGCUAAAGAGCCUGCGGAUUCAUCCUCCGUCAACAUGGGCGACGAGGUUGCGACUCCUGCUGCAUCCUCGGACGAACAUCAAUCGGGUGAAGCCGGCAUCAUGCUGCAGACGGAGCAGGCUGCUCCUGUUCAAGAACAUCUUCCCGCCACCGACGGUGCCGGCGGUGAUCCUCUGCCGACAACUUCUCCCACGAUGAUCCCGGGCGGCGGGGCUCUCGGUGCUGGAAUUCAUCCACCCGGAGGUGAGCUGCAAGAUGAUCAAAACCCGACCUCCGCGGGUGCUCCUCCUACGCAGUUGUUCUCUGCGCUGGAGGUGAAGGAAGGACGCGUGGGAACGGGAACCAAAGAAGGGGUUGCCGUUGCGACGAAAGAACGGAAGACGGUCCGGGGGACGACCUCCAACAAGCGUGGUCGUCGCGGCAGUCGGAACAAGAAGAACCGGCGCGCGGGGGCCUCCUGCGGGGCCGGCGGCUGCACGACGGGCAAGAAGAAGCGUGGGGGCCGCGCGAAGCGGGCCGCGGCCUCCGCGACCGCCUCCGCGUCUGCCGAAAACUUCUCCUCGGUCUCCGACGGCGACGAAGUGCUGCCUGCGCUGACCAGCGGCGGCGGCGAUUCGGUGCUCGGCCCGCUGCCCGCAUCCGCCUCGGAAAAUGGAGGUGAAGAACACACCGGCGCCGGCGGAGGUAGUACCAGCAGCGCGGCGGCUGAAGCCGAGGCAGCGUCCUCGAGUACUACCUCCCGUCUUGGCUGCCUCGGGGGCUCCUGUGGCGGAAGCAGCACCAGCGUCAGUGCCGAAGCUGCCGCGAAGGCUAUCGAUCGCAAACGUGUCUGGGUCUGGAAGAAUACGAGGACUUGCGCUGCUGCAUUUGGAUUCCAAAAAAAUGAAAAUCUGUACUGCAUGAGCAGCAAAAGGAAUCUAAUUUGUGCUACGCGGAGGAGAAGGCAUUUAUUUUCAUGCGGAGUAGGCAUCAAGAAGCCCUCGAAAAAUCUGUGAUGCUCGAGCAUGCAUCGCAGACGAGACAUCAUGGCUCAUGCAAAACGUGCAUGACUAGUCUCAGAAUCACCCAGACCCAGACAUGUUUGCGAUUGAUAAAAGCGACGGCGGAACAAGACGAUGAAGAUCAUGACCUGCGGAUGACUUCGGAAACCUUCCCAACGCUGUCCUCAGUCUCCACGGUGUAUCACAGACAAAUUUCUUCUGUAAAAAUAUCCGUUUCUCUGUUGAGGGAGCGGUAGCGGAGCGUCGUCUGCAGAAUAUAUUAAAGAUGCUAAAAUUUUUAAAAUGUACUUACAAACCUCGAUACUUUUAAUACGUGCCGAAAGAUGAAAAUGUUCGUUGUACUACAUUGAAGAUGCGUCAGCUCUUGUAAUGAAGCAGCUAAAUGACCCUGUGCGUCAGGUCCUGAUAGUAAAAAAAUACCUCCUUUAGUUUACCUCCUAGUUGUUGAGCACGACGCAGCUCAACAUGAUUAUUAUAUUUCUUUGUUUUUUGCUGUUUCUUUGCAGUGUUGUAGAUGACAACCACCCCAGUUAUAGGCAGAGCAAAUGGAAGUUUUUUACAUUGCAUACACGUGGGCCGACGUCUUCUCUGUCUGGAAUUCCGGGACCGUCCUUCGGGAUGGGGGCACCAGGCACCACCGGGAAAAAACCGCGGACUCGGCGUGGACAAUCCAGCCAUGAAACUGGACCUGAUGGAUCUUGGCGCCCUGCAACUACUGGACCUGGUGGUCAACGUUGGCGCCGUGGUGAAACUACUGGACCUGGUGGUCAACAUUGGGACCGUGAACAAACUGGACCUGGUGGUUAUUGGCGCCGUACAACUGGACCCCAUGGCGAGGAACAAUGGCUGUGGCACGACUACGCCUCCGGUGAAGAUCAUGUCUACGAACAAGAUGAAUACGAGGACUGGAACUGGGACAACUAGUAUGACGGUUCAUUUAUUGUCUUUGUCACGAUCUUCAUCAGAAGAACCAUUGCAAGCUUCACGUAAGUAGAUACCGUUAACGGAAGUUGUGAUGCAGUGACGCAUCAGAAAAGGUGCCCAAAUUUGUAUUGCCAUUGCGUAGGAGCAUGCACGAGCACGAGCACGGAAGGCAAAAUUUGUAAUGCAUGACUGCCAUCUGGAUCUGAUGUGAAAACCCAAACCGUUAACGUUAACAGCACUUUUUUGUUUGAUAGUAGAACAAGUAGAAGAGAUAUCAGUAAAAUAAUUUUUGGUCGCUCGCCCCUUGAGAGUCAUGUAUCUGUGGUCUCUAUGCAAAGCACCAGGCAAGACGUGCUGGCUGUGCUAGAGCAAUAGUUGCCGCGAUGAUUAUCGUGAUGGUCUUUUUUUCUUGGAUAAGAACGGGGACUACGACGACUGGUGGGACUACGACGAAGACGAUGUCGAUCAUGGCGAGGGUUGGGACGGUUCCUGGGGCUGGUGGAAAAAAAACAACUGGGACGAGAACUACGGCGACGAACACGAUGUCGAUGGCAAAGGGCGGGACAGAAGUUCCUGGGGCGGGGGAGGUUCCUAUCCAGUGCAAAUAAGUCUGGGUCUGGAACAUAGCAACUUGUCAUGCUACAUCUGAAUCAUGCAAGAAUCUGUGUUGCAUGAGUUUGAGUACCAAGAGCCGUCCAUUUUUGACCAGGGAGGUGCGGGGGAGUUUCUCAUGCAGAAUAGACAUGAUAGAGAUCCCAUAGAAGCUGUCAUGCUAGGUCCUGCAUUCCAGACCUCAUGGGUCAUGGAAAACCUGCAUUACAUAGAUACAAAUCGCGUAUUCUUGUUCCAGACCCAGACAUAUUCGCAUUUGAUAGUUCCUGGGGCUGGUGGGGACCGGCAACUUCUGAUCAUCCACCAGAUCCAUCCCGGGCAACUUCGUCGUUGAUCACACCCGAAUUCCCGUUCACAACUGCGACGGACAGCGACGGCGGCUUACGAACGGAAUUCCUGCAAAAAGUCUCCUCCGAGAGCGGGAAAAAAAGCCAGCCGUUCUACAUCGUUUCUUAUGCGGACCAGCAGAGCGUGGUUCUGGCAGUUCACGAAGAACGCUACAAAAACGACGUCCAAGCUGGCCAUCCAGGGGCUGCACUUUGGUUCCAAGAAAUCCUUACCUCGGGGUCCGAGCAGGACAUGCCGUUCGAAGAUCUCAGUCCUGCAAACAGCGUCCAAUUCGAAUUCCGGCGUACCACUAAUGACCAUUUUCCCUGUGGAAAGUUCGUGAGUGUUCGUACGCUGGAACUCGAUUUCGUGUACAAGAAUCGAAAUGGGCAAGCGGAGACUCUGGUGCGGAACUACAACCAACAGCGGAUGAACAAGUACAAACGAGCCGUGGGGGAUCCCUGGCUGAACGAAGAAGCCUUGCGGGCAGCCGAAGUAAACUCGAACCUUGCCGCUUCAUCUCAUCUGCCUGCCUCCCGUAUUCGUUGCAAAAGUAAUAUCGUACUAGAACUGGUAUGUAUUCUUGCACGACAAAUUUUUAUUUUAUCAAGAAGAAUAAGUGCAAUUCGAAUUCCUAAUGGUGAUUCAUGUAAGAAACUUACUAGAAGAUGUGUCAUGCAUAGCUGCAAAUUGUACGAGUGCGAUACUUUUGCGCAGCAUACGCCUUUGUUUGACGCGAGUGUCGGAGGAGCUAGAUGGAGAUGAUGAAGGAGAAACCGGGCCUCUGUGUAUCCAUGGUUUUUCUUCACACGCCCAUGGCCGAUCUUUCGCUUUGCUUGUUUUCUUUGGCAUCUCUACUUUACAUUUACAAUCGAUUCGUGCAUGAUGAAGAAUGACAAUGAGUGUGAUGUGUUUUAUUAUUGUUUUACGUAAGGGUAAGUUGUACUUGUAGAAGUUGAUGAAGAUGAUGAUGAUGCUGAUGAUGAUGUUAAUGAGAGAUUGAGAUACAUCAACGACAGAGUUUGCGGAGCGAAAAUCGCAACGGGGCGUGAUAUGUUAGGUCCCCAUAGUGCUCCUAGAUGACUGCCUUGGCCCGAACAAACCGCAGGCUAACGACUACGAGGAGCAGGAUCAAGUUUUUUGCAUGCUUCCAGAUUCUCGCCAGAAGAAUGUCGCAGUCUUCCAAAACCUCGAGGUGCAGCACCCAGAUGGAGCAGAAGCCGAGUACGCGAUUGAAUUCGUGGACUUUCCAAAUGGUAUGAAUCUACUUAGAUUUUCUAUUUCUCGUAUUGGGUGACAGAAAUAUGAGCACCACCACCAGCGCCAUACUCCAUAGAUAUGAAGAUUCAUCCACAUCGAAGUGACAGAGCAAAGUAAAUCACUGUUGCUGGAUCUGCGUUCUAAUUUAGAUUCGUAGCAGGCUGGUCAAACCAACGCAAGAAAGAACGGGUAAGGUAAAAAAACAACAACAAACUCUUGCUGCCGCACUACAUAAAAAUAUAUAUUUAUAAUGCUCAUACAUUCUUCGGUUGAGAAUGAGAAUAUUCAUAUUGCAUUACGGUCGCGUAGCGUUCUCGCUGCGCGACCAGAACGCAGUUUCAGAGUUUCUCGGUGCUUUAUUAUUUUUUCAGAGUUCUUCUUCUUUUCCUAUUUCAAUUUCAAUUUGAAUUUCUAUAUUCAUCUUAUGCCACGACCACGAGCGAUCGGUGUGAUCCCAUCGGUGAGGGUUGUUUCUGUUUGUGCAGUUCUGAGACAUUUUCUUGUUGUUGCUUCCUUCCAUCUUCAAACUUGACCUGAUUUCAUGCAAAAUUGCGCUUUUUAUGCCAAAAUUUUAUAGAAAUGCCUUCAACCAAUACUGUACAGAGAUCCCGCCCAAAACGGACGGGCAGCGACCGCCGCCAGAAGGCUCGCCGCGGCAUUGGUCCGCAGAAACCCUGGAUUUGAAUCUGCUGCACGCGCCCUACUUCGCAUUGCAGUGGGUGAAAAACACGAAUGACAACAACAACAACAACAACAACAACUGGGGCGGCCGUCGUGGUGGCAAUCGUGGCCAAUCUGGAAGCACGUGGUGGCGGGAUGAAAACAAUCGCGGUCAGCACUAUGGGAGUGUCAGGAUCGAAAUCGAUAACUGGUAUAAUGCAUAAACUGCGAUGCAAAAAGUGACUCUAUUGCUGAGGAUGCAAGGGAGGCAGAAGAUUGUACAACCGUCCUGCUAAGGGUCUUGCUGAAUAGCAUGACAGAGGGGAGGAGCUCCUUUGCCGUAAACGGCAUGACAGAUUCACUAUCACUUCCGGCACGGGGGAAAUUUGUCAUGCGACGACUACAAACUCUGGGUCCAGCUGGUAUCGAUGUAUUUGUCAUGACGACCUGGUGGCCUGACCUUCUGCGGAAAGGUGCCAACGUUUACGUGUUGUGUAGCGGUUUCGGUGGUCGGUUUAGCGUUAUAUCAAAGCAUUUCAACUUUGUCGAUUUCGAGCCUGACAGUUUCAUAAGUGCGGAGGAGGAAGUGGAAACGGUCGCGGGUGGAACAACUGGAACAAUGGAAACGACCGCAACCGGCCCGAGACGUACCACUGGGACCCGACACUGAAUCGCAACGUCAAAUACGAGCAAAAUUCCGAUGGCAAGUGGUACGCUUGGGCUACGGACAAUGGCGGCAACCAGUACUGGAAGGACUGGGACGGCAGAAACGGCAACUGGAACCUGUGGACGGAAGACCCACGGAACCAACGAGUGCAGCAGACUCAGCCAGCACUGCAGCAGCAGCAGCCAUCUUCGGCUGUUGCAGCUUCGCCACCGGUUUCUGCUGUUCCGUCCUCCACCUCCUGGCGGUUGGGCUCGCCAGCAUCGGUCGUGUGGCCAUCUUCAAUGUCUGGGACUCCCCCGCCGGGAACACCGCUCGGUGGGGCGGCUGCGCUCUGGACAGUUCCGCGCACGGGCAUCGCGGCCACCAAUGCGUUUCGUGGUGCGGGUGCAGCUCGUAGUGCGAUUUCAGCUUCAUUCAUGGAAACCUCCCACCACCGGGACGAAAGCAAUGAAGCAGAACAACAAGAAGAAGAACAAGCUGCCGGAGCCAAACACGAAGAACAAGAUGCAGGCACUGCAACUGCUCCUGCGCAGGCCGGGAGCCGGUAA